UGUAUCCAAGAUUUACACUACACUGCUACACUACAUUGUUUCUUUCUCGCCUAUCUAUCUAUCUAUUUGCUCCGAGGGAUUCUCCUCUCUCCAUUUUAGGUAUCGCGCGCUCGAUCCACAUCCAUCGCCCAAGAGCUCCCGAAAUCUCAGCUCGCGACGCUGCGCCAGGUCUCCAGGCUCCAUGAGAGAGCUGGAAUCGUCCUUCUUUCCCUUGGCCGGAGAGGCGCGCGCGGGGGGCCGAAAUAUGUCUUAGCUACAGGACGCGCUCUUGGUCUCGAUCGGUGGCUCUAAGGCGGCGCUGUGCGUGUGUGUGCUCUCCAUCCCUUCCUCCGCCUUGCUUGCGAGCCUAGGAUGAGGAAGCAGCAGCAGCAGCAGCAGCAGCAGCGGUGUGGGAGUCACGGCGGCCGCGUGCGAGUAGUCGACGAAGUUCGUGUGCCCAGGGAGACGGAGAGGGACUACCACUGCCUGCGAGCGAUCAUCAUAAUCUGAAAGGGGGGGAUUCCAGGGAAACGAGGGCGUCGCAUUCGCCGGGCUUCGUUUGCUUUUCACUGUUUGCGGAAGCUGGGGGAGUGAGCCUGGUCCUGAGCUGACAGAGGAGAAGCAAGCAAGGCACGCAGCGAGGAGGAAGAACAAAGGGGGCUAGGCUCGCAUUUUUGGCAUUUUUGGUUUUGCGGCUCAUCUCAAGAUCAUUGUGGAAGAUCGUCCCGGAUCAUCGCGGGCAUUGCUAUCAUGUCGGCGGAGGGUCUGGGCCAGGCUCUCCGGAGUCUUUGCAACAGGACGGGCUGGUGCUACGCUGUGUUUUGGAAGCUAAAGCGACGCAGCCGUAUGGUGCUGACAUGGGAGGACAGCUACUACGAAUUCGCGACGCUGCCACCAAUCGCCAAUGCUUUGAGCCGCAGCGGCGCUGGGAAUGGGAGAAGCCCUCUGGACAUGCUGCUGCUCAAGCAAGAUGGUGGCAUUGCCGAAGAUCAGAUACAGUUGGCUGUCGCUAAAAUGUCCUUCCAGGUUUACUCCCUGGGAGAAGGAAUAAUUGGGCGUGUAGCUUUCUCCGGAAAGCACCAGUGGGUGUUUGCAGCUGGGGAAAGAUCUAUGGAAAGCGGAGUACCAGCGGCAUUGGAGCACGGCUGGUCGAAUCAGUUUGAAGCGGGAAUAAAGACGAUUGCUGUGAUAGCAGUCCAGCAGCAAGGUGUUGUGCAACUUGGAUCGACUCAAACGAUGGCCGAGGAUCUGAACUUGGUAGGCCAGAUCAGAGCAUUGUUCGGAGCAUUACAAAGCAUGCCUGGGGCAUUCGUUCCUGAGUUCACUCCCGAUGGACAAGCUGGAAGAGGCCUUUCUGUUGUCCCGAAAGCCAUGCCAACGUACGUCAACAAGCCCGCUUCUACGUUGGCAGCAUUUGGCUCUUCUGCAAGAACAACCAUGAGCAGCCGACCAGCGUGCCCCGUUUCUACGGAGGGAGAACACAUGUUGCGUUCAGCGGCCAAAGUUGUUGAGCCUGCCUUCCAACUUUCUACGAGCAGCUGGGCUUCAAUGGUAGUUCCAUCCAUGGGGCAGAAGCCACAGGAUAUACGCCCCGCCUCUACGGGUCUCUACUCUUCCAGAUCUCAGGUCUUCCAGGAAGAUCCAGGCCAUUUAAGCCGCUUGAUCAGCAAAGCUCCUGUGGAGAGUUUCUUUAAUUCAUCGGAGACAGGGCGGCUAUCUAAUUUCUCCAGCGAGCUUUCCUACGGACAAAGCAUCAGGCACUUCGACUCCAGCGGAUGGCCUCCGCCGGACUCCACCUUGCCAGUGUCAACAAGAGAUUAUGAUCAGAACCUGCCGCUGCCAACUUCCUUCGGAGACGAGACAGGGAUGAUGCGGCCGGGACCAGAAGAAGGAUUUGACUACAACAGUUUGUUUAAGGCGUUUCAGAAGGACGACUUGGAUGAUUUCAACAACUUGUUAGCGUCUCUGAAUAAGGAGUAUGCGGGAGGCCAAGCCAGCGGUUCGACAACCUGUUCACAGUUCGCUUUUGGGGAUGAAUUAUCCGAGGUGGUGGUUUCUCAUUCAAAGUGCGGGCCAAGUAAGGAGGAACUGUACGUGAACAUGCCAACACAACCGGUUGAAGACAUGAAACCUGCGAAGCUUGCUCUACCCUUUGAUGGCGCCACCGCUGCAAUGGACAAAACCCGCGAUGCAUUUGUCAAUCUGUCGGCGGACAGGCCAGAGCAGCUGUUGGAUGCUGUUGUUGCCGGUGCGAGUACGUCGUCACUGGGUUCCAGGGGACCGACGUCUGCCAAGAGUUCGUUAGGAUGCGCUCCCGCGCUAACUGUUGGGAACGCGGUGCAAUAUCUGGAGAAGCAGCUAUCGAGCUCUUCGAGUUUGGACAGAGAUAUAGCUGCCAACUGGCCUGCAAGCAGUGUGUCCGUGGAUGUUUCUUCAAGCUCUUGGACCGAAGGGAGCCAGGCUAAGAAGUCGGAGGAACACUCGUACAAGGAUACUAGCGGAGCGGCAGCCAGAAAGCAGGAGGAGCCUAGUCGGAUGGCUGGGAGGAAGAGGCUGAGGCCAGGGGAAGCUCCAAGGCCCAGGCCCAAAGACAGGCAGCAAAUACAGGACAGAGUUAGGGAGCUUCGCGAUAUUGUUCCCAAUGCAACAAAGCAGUGUAGCAUUGAUGCGCUGCUAGAGAAAACAAUCCGGCAUAUGAAGUUUCUCCAAAGUGUGACGCAGCACGGUGACAAGUGGAAAGCUGGAGGCGACGUAAAGGGAGAGAGGAGUGCAGAGAACAGCAGUGGCUUGGAGAACGGUGCAAGCUGGGCUAUGGAGCUUGAUGCGAAAGGAAGUGGCGUUCCGAUUCUUGUGGAGAAUCUCAAGCAGCCACGGCAAAUGCUUGUUGAGAUGUUGUGCGAGGAGAGAGGCUUAUUCUGGGAGAUUGCUGACAACAUCCGGGGUCUUGGGCUUACAAUCCUGAAGGGUGUGAUGGAGUCGCGGAACGAUAAGAUUUGGGCUCGUUUCAACGUUGAGGUUCACGCUGCGAAAGAAGUAAACCGGCUCAAGGUGGUUUGGAAUCUCACGCAGCUGCUUAGACCCAGCGGCAAGAACACGAGCGCGCCAAGCUUUGUGGGAUCGGAGAUGUCGGACGUUUGCUCCGAGUCAUUUGGAAGCCGAUUCCAGCCUCAAGUUGUUGCUUCGCACGGCAUUACCGUGUCCCCUGGUAGCGCCUGGUGACAAAUGUGAAGGUGGUGUUGUUAUUAUACACUAUGUUAUUUACAUAGCAUAGAUCUAUUUUUCUUCCUUGUACACCAUUGCUUGAGAAAAAUCGAAAGUUGCAAUUCUUCCUUGUGUUUA